UUGAGGGGCUGUUGGCUCAGGGUGCCCCCAGCAGGAGCCCCCGUUUUUCAGGGUCGGUUGCAGCAAGUUCUAGACAAGAAGUUUGUUUGUCGGUGGACUUAGUUCUCGCAUAUCGUCUUGCCUCUCGUUCUCUCGCCUAUUUCCCGAGUUAGCUCUGUCUACCACGGGAGGCCACACGUCUCAACCCCGAGGGCCCGAGGUGUGCAUGACUUACAUCGAACGCAUCCCGGUUGUCCCGCCUCCCCGCGCCAACCAAUAGCGGGCGCUGACUCCCCGAAAGGAUGGCAGCGGCGAGGCAGUUAGGGGAAGGCAAGGGCUGACUGCUGUCGUGGGAGUGGCUGGUCGAGGCGAAGUGCGUGUGCCGCGCCCGUCAUGUGGGCGUCGCGCUCAGCAAAGCGGGCCGACGGGCGGGCGGAGGAGAGCGCAAGAGGGGGCGCGGGGACAGGCAAGGGAGGCAGGCGGGGCAGGGGCGGGCGAGGGCGCGGGAGAGGCAGAAGCAGCAGCAGCAGCGCAACGGGCGCCGGCUGGGACGGGGUUUUGAGCAACGGCGGUAGGGGAAGGGGAAGGGGCAGAGGUGGUGGGCGGCGACAGAGUGUUGAGAAAGAUUCUGAUUCAGAAGAGGAUGUCGAUGGCGAGGAUGACGAUGAUGAUGAUGCUGACGACGCUGACGAGGAUGAUGAUAGUGAUGUCGCGGAUGCUGACGAGGAUGGUGAUAGUGAUGACGCGGCUGACGAGGAUGAUGAUAGUGAUGAUGCGGAUGCUGACGAGGAUGAUGGUAGUGAUGAUGCAGAUGCUGACGAGGAUGAUGAUAGUGAUGAUGCGGAUGCUGACAAGGACGAUGAUAGUGAUGAUGCGGAUGCUGAUGAUGCUGACGAUGCUGACGAUGAGGAGGAAGAGGAGGAGGGGGGCGACGAGGAAGCGGAGGGUGGUGAUGAUGCGGAGGCCAUUGGCAAGGGAGGAGAGGACGAAGAAGGGGAGGCCGCGCAGGAGCGGCAGGUGGGGAGGACUGGGGCUCAGAGGAGUGAGGAGGGAGAGGGGGGGGAGGACGAGAAGGGGCAUCAGGAGGAGCACGCUGAUUGGGUAGUCCAAGCGAAGGAGGAGGAGGAUGCAAAGCCACAAGUGAGGGGUGCGAGGAUAAAGCUGGGAAGGUUCAGUCCGAGGGAGGAGGAAGAGAGGGUGGUCGUGGGAGCUGCAGGUGGGGGCAUGCGUGGCAGCGGUGGUGUGAAGGAGGUGUGUGCGAGGCUGGUUGCAGCAGAGCAGGGUGCCGGGAGCAGCACCCAUGGUGCCGCCACUGCAGCAGCAGCACCCGUCCCUGCUGGCGCGGGUGUAGGUGAAGGUGGUGCGAGUGUGCGGCCUUUGAAGCUGCGUGUGUGGGACGACAUUCUGCAGCGCUCCACUCGAGUGGUCCGCCUCAAGCCCAGCAACAGCAACGCCCGGCCGCGCGCACUGGGCGCUGUGGCCCGCAAAUGCAGAGGCCCGUGGGAGGCGUACGACCUGCCCGCGCUCCCUGCUGCUGCCGCUGGUGACGGCGAUGCAUGCGCUGGUGUUGCUGAGGAAGUGAAUGGGGAGGCGAGUGGCGAGGCGAGCGGAGAGGAUGCAAGGAAGGAGGGGCAGGAGGAGAAGGGCGAGGGAGGUGCGUGUGAUGAUGGGGAGAGAGAGGGCGCGAAGGAAAGGGAUGAUGAGGUGAAGCAUGAGGCGAAGGAGGAGAAUGGAGAGACUGAGCGGUCAAGGCAUGCCUUUGCAGCGAGGACGGGCGAGGAGGACGGGAGGCAAGGAGGUGAUGCGGAGGGGCACGUUUCAGCGGCCGUGGAAGCCAGCGGGGGAUGCUUGGAUGCUGCCACGAAGCGGCCUCAAUCCACCCGAGCGGUGGCAGCGGGCAGGCGUGCAUGGCCCAUUCUUCUGGAGACAUGGCACGGGGUGCUCAGCAGGAGAGAGGACAUGGAGAGCAUGAGGGAUCGGGUACCGGAACGGCCCAGGGGCAGCGGACAAGAGAAAAGGCAGGAUGUGAGUCGAAGGCGGAAUAUUGCUCUUUGCAGGGAGCUGAUUGCGAAGCCGGCAGUUGCAAUGCCCCCCUCGUGAGGGACUCGCAUGGCACCCCUGUGCGCACUGCUGUUGACCUGUCAUCCACCCUCAGCCCCACACACGCUACUGCUGCGGCUGCUGCUGCCGCUGCUGCCUCUGCUGCUGCUGCUGCGGCUGCUGCCUGCGAUCCCCUGCUCCCCUCCCGCUCCUCCCCUCCGCCCCCUGCCUCUCCUUUACCCGCAGCCUCGCCCUCGUCAUCGCUUUCACUGGAUUGUGGAGGGGCAAUAGUGGUGAGGGUGGCGGUUGGGGAUGGGGCAGAUGCACUGGGCCGUGAGCAGAGCAGGCGGGCAGAGGGAGCAGCAGGUGCUGGAGAAGCAGUGGAUGCAAGUGCCACACAGUCUGCAGCUGCCACUCCUUCCAGAAUCACUGCUGCCGCUCCUCCUCGUGUCCGUGCUGCCACUACUCCUGCUGCCACUACUCCUGCUGCCACUACUCCUGCUGCCGCUAUUGUUGCUGCUGCUGCUUUUCCUGUUGUUCCGGCU